AUGGUACUCUACGCAACCUUUUGCCGAGGGUUUUCAAGACCCAAUUCGAGUCAUCGAAGAAUUGCUGGAAAUCCUUUGCGAAUGGUGUUGGCCGAUUUCUUUUCCACAUCGAUUGUCACUCGAAACGACGAAAAUCAAGUUUUGGAUCCACUGAUUGUAUGUGGACCUUCUGGGGUUGGAAAGGGCACCAUCAUUGCCAAAUUCAUGGAGGAAAUGGGAGGACGUGACCAAUUCGGAUUUACGGUUUCUCAUACGACUCGACAACCAAGAGAAGGAGAAGUGAAUGGCGUUCAUUAUCACUUUGUUGACAUUGAAGACAUGAAGCAACAAAUUCAGCAAGGUGCCUUUCUGGAAUUCGCAGAGGUCCAUGGUAAUUUUUACGGAACCAGUCUUCAAUCUCUAAGGGAUGUCCAAGACCAAGGCAAGCGCUGUCUUUUGGACAUUGACGUUGAGGGCGUUCGAUCCGUCAAAAACAUUGCUUCGGAAAUGUUGCUAGAGCCAAAGUAUUUGUUCAUUGCACCACCUUCUUUCGAUGCACUGAAGGAGCGUUUGGUUGGGCGGGGUACGGAAACUCCUGAAAGUCUGUCACGACGAACGGCCAACGCCAAGGCCGAACUCGAGUACGGAACUCCUCAAAACUUUGAUUCCAUUGUAGUCAACAAUGACUUGGAUGUGGCUUGUCAAGACUUUGCAGAAGCUGUCCGAAAGAUGUAUGACCUAUGA